AUGGUCAAGGCGCUCAAGGGCUCCCUGCUGACCUGCGAUGCCGCAGUGAAGCAGAUCAUCCUGCAGCUCGACGAGCGAGACAAAUUCAUCAUUGCCGAUCUUGAUGAGACCCACCUGCUCGUCGCCACCGAGCGGGUGGAGGACAUCAAGGCGAUGUUGGACGUAGAGGCCACUCGAAAAACAUAUGUUUACGCUCGAUGGCUGAUGCAUCAUUUUGCUUCAUCACCACCUAAUUCAAGCACGGCUCUGGACUUGAAGGGAUCACACGGCAUCCGGCAUGCCGUUAGUAGACCUGUUCAGCUGCACCAAACUUUUUCACAGCUGGAUAGGGGGACGUCAAAAGAAAAGACGUUGGCAGAGAUCGCAACAUGCCGUCUUAAUGGCUCCUUCCGUCGUACCAAGGGACUGGGUCUUCGCUUUAGGCAGACAUACACUUUGCAUGCCUGCCAUGCUCUUCCUUCUCACCUUGUCUAG